CCACUCCAGAAACGAAUAUCCCGGACCGUGAACAGAUCGCGUUACGGGCUCUCGAUCCCUUCCGCCUCCGUCGAGUUGAGCGGCGGCGCUGGUGACGGUGGAGCAGCGGAGGCCAUCGAUACCCUUCCCCGCUUGAGCUCAAAGCAUUCUGAGGGCUCCAGGUUUGUGAAGAUGCCGAAGGCCGCGGCGGAUGCCAAGCUCCUCAUCCAGUCCCUAAACAAGGCCUAUGCUGCCACGCCCACAAAUCUCAAGAUCAUUGACCUGUAUGUGCUUUUCGCUGUGGUGACCGCCCUUGUUCAGGUUGUUUACAUGGGAAUAGUUGGGUCAUUUCCCUUCAACUCUUUCCUCUCUGGUGUCCUGUCAUGCAUAGGAACUGCAGUUCUUGCUGUGUGCCUCCGUAUUCAAGUCAACAAGGACAACAAGGAAUUUAAGGAUCUUCCUCCAGAAAGAGCCUUUGCAGAUUUUGUCCUGUGCAAUCUUGUGCUCCACCUUGUGAUCAUGAACUUCCUCGGAUAAGAAACUGUCCUAUAAGCUAUCGAGAUUUUGUAGUGCCCUAAUGUUUGAGACUGUAAUUAUGUUGGAUAUUCAUGUGGUAUCACACACUAUCUAUGUAAUCCCAGAGUUUCUCUAUGAACUAUAAGAGUUUGGUGGAUUUAGUGUUAACAAUGUAAGAACAUGAGAACUUACUUUCUUUUGAGGCAGUGAAGACUGGAAAGAUAACUCAA